GUUUUUAGAGGGUUUUGGCGAUCAGAGAGAGAGAGAUAAAUGGGUAGCGUUUAAAACAACGUUUUCUGGGGUUACAAUUCGGGAUAGAAAAUGAGAGAGUGAGAGGGAAGAAUGAGAGUGUUUGUGUUUGUGUUUGUGGGAAGGAGAGAUAAUUGUGAUUUGUUUCAUCUCCGAUCUUACAUUUGCCUGAAAAUCCUGUGAACUUGGCUGGAGUCGAAAAAGAUUUGCACUUUUAGCGAGAAAUCGUCAGUAGGAGGGUAUUACCUUAAGGUUUCUUUGGCUGAAGCCUUUGGAACAGCGCCUAGUUAUUACAUCUUGGAUCUAGAAACUGCUCUAUCUGUGUCUGAUGUGUCCUGUGUGUAAUCUAUGAGAUAUGGUAAUGCAGAAGAGGUUGGAUUAUGGAUUCAAUGGCUAUCAGUUUCCUUUUAUGCCUCGAGCUGCCAGAUCAGCAAGGAGAAGGGGCUCAUUUGGAAGUAGAGUUGAAGACAAGCAAAUGUGUGCGUUUGACUUACUGGCUAGUGUAGCUGGGAAGUUAUUACUUAAGAAAGGAACUACUUCUACUUCUAGUAAUACAUCAACUGACAAAGAUCAAUUUGAGGCAGUUAAUGAUAGUGUAAAAGGAGAAUGUCCCUAUGAUGGAAAACCUUUUAAAGAAGUAACUUGUGAUGAAAGAAGCUGCGACAAGAGUUUCUUUGUUUCUGAGAUUCUCUCGUUAGGUCAUGAUCAUAGGUGUAAGGAAGAUCUGCAUAUGCUCAAUGAAGUAAAUUCAGGAGUUGCUUCAUUAAUAACUAGUGUUGAUUGCUCAGAGAGGUUGGAUGUUGAGAAAUUGGGGGAAUGCAGAAGCAAUAAUUCCCUGGGAAGUAUUGCUAACAAAGUAGAUGUUGGCUCUGAUUACGGGAAGCCCGACAAAUGUAAACUAGAUUCUGCCACUAGACAAGUAGUAAAUGGUAGUGGGAUUGAUACGUGCAGUUUGGAUUAUAAAAUGGCCAGAGAUGGAAAACCUCUACCGGCCAAUUCAGAUAGUAGUACCAAGGUGCCUUUGUGUGGGAACCAAAUUCCUCAGAGUUCCUUUCCUGCUGCUAGUCGGGACGAUGUAAAUUUAAUUAGUAAAGAUGAUGACGAAAAACCCUUUGGGUGCACUUACUCUUUUACCUCAAAAAAGUUCUUUAGGCGGACGCCACAUAUUGGAGACCAAAGAAUAAGGAAGAUACUGGCUACUAGACAUUGGAAAAAGGCUCCAAAAUCUAAGGGUGUGACACUGCCACAUUGUAAUGCUGAUAAGGAUAUGAAGACCUUUUUCAGUUAUAGGAAGGAAUUUUACAAAUGCCAAAGAUCUGAGAGGAUUUAUCCUUUCAAGAAAAGGAAACAUUUUGAUUGCAGUUCAGCAUCAAAUUCAGAUGGAGGAAUUUGUAGCGAGUUCCUUUCAGAUAAUCCUAGCGGGAGAAAUAAUGUUGAUGGUUCUUGUUCAUACCUGAAGAUGAAUGGAGCCAUAGGGGCAUCAUCGACUGUAUCAGGUCAAAACACAUCAUUCCAAUCUAGAGAUUCUCACGUGAAACUAAGGAUCAGAUCAUUCAGGGUGCCAGAGCUUUUUAUUGAGAUUCCUGAAAGUGCGACUGUCGGUUCACUGAAGAGAACGGUAAUGGAGGCAGUGACCGCCAUUCUUGGAGGUGGAUUACGGGUUGGUGUACUUCUUCAGGGAAAGAAGGUCAGGGAUGACAACAAAAGUCUGCUGCAGACAGGAAUUUCUCAAGAUAACCACUUGGAUGCUUUGGGAUUUAGCUUGGAGCCACACUCUUCAAAAAGUCUCCCACCAUUGCGCGGCGGAGAUACCCCUCUUCUGCUUCCGGGUGACAUAUCUCAGCCUCUUACCAGUUAUCCUCCCAGUCCUGGUGUGAUUCAUAACAGCAUUCGUAGUCCCUCAACUGAGCCCCAUAUGGCCAAUAUUUGCAACAUUAUUGAGAGUGAUCAUGAUUCUGUACCAUCCCCAACUGACAUGUCAGUUGACAAAAGCACAAUGGAUUGCAAAGCCCUGAUUCCUGUACCAGCCAUGAGUGUUGAGGCACUGGCUGUUGUUCCAGUACACCGGAAAUCCAAGCGUUGCAAGACAGUACAGCGCCGAAUUCGUCGACCUUUCUCUGUUGCUGAAGUCGAAGCCCUCGUUCAAGCGGUUGAGAAGCUUGGAACUGGAAGAUGGCGUGAUGUUAAGCUACGAGCAUUUGACAAUGCAAAGCAUCGAACUUAUGUGGAUUUGAAGGACAAAUGGAAAACACUAGUUCACACGGCGAGAAUAUCCCCGCAGCAAAGGAGGGGAGAGCCUGUCCCCCAGGAACUCCUUGACCGAGUCCUGACCGCCCACGCUUACUGGUCUCGACAGCAAGCGAAGCAUCAACUCAAGCAGCAGCCGGAGACUUGCUUUGUCCUCUGAAGACGGAGAUCUCAAGAGCUUUUGCUGCAAUGUGAUGAAGAAACUUAAGACUUUAUUAUCAUUUUAUUUUUCUCUCUAAUGUGAAUUCUUGUUCAGUGAUUUAUGUAAAAAGUUAUUAAGAAAUAGAAAUCUCCAUCUCCCAUCCCAUGUACCAAUAUUUUUCUCUCUUGGCUCUCCCAUGUAAAUGAUUUGGUCGAAUAAGAGCUUUCUAACUACGAUCUC